GCAAAGCGCUAUUGGUUCCGCCCGGGGACUCGCUCCAGCACUCACAGCAGACAACAGGACCACAAUACACUGAUUUUACUCUAUAAUGUUUCAGUCAACGUCAUUUAUUAGCUAUAACGGUGUUAGGCACCACAAGCACUGAAUAGUCCUGGAAACACGGUUGGAAGUAGAUGCAUUCACCAAGGAGGCCUCAGUGUCUCUAAAUGGCAGCUGUGUAGUCGGAGUGGGACGAGGAAAAGAGCUACACUGGAAUAAAACAUACGGCUCUCUGCCCCCUUGUCCUCCCCUUCCCUCCCUUUCCGCCCUGGCAGUUGUAAAUAAGUCCAAGCCGUGCAGACCCCUGAGGAAUCCUACUCCCCUCCGUGCCCUUUCCCACCGCUGCUACCCAUGCCGAAUCCCCUGCCCACUCAGACUCUUCUGCUUAUGCCGCUGAAGCAGGCCAAGGAGAUCCUCAGAUGAUCCAUCGGGCUGUUCUGAACCACAUCGUCCACGCAGCCGGGGACAGGCAAGAGUAACUACUGCGAGUGUGAGAGAGCCCUUGGAGGGGGUGCUGUGAGCACCUUGUGAGGCCCGCCCACCAAGCCUGGCAAAAAGCUUGGUUUACCCCUUCUCUCUUUUAGCCCCUGAGAUGCCCUCCCCUCCUAAUGAUGGAGAGGAUCAAGGAGCGUCCCCCGUGAAUGUCCCAUCUGUGGGUCCCUACCGGAGCAGUGGGAAGAGGAAGGCGCACAGCAAAAAGAAGAAGGGAAGAAUAACCGCCAAUGUCUCUGGCACCAAAUACGAAAUAGUACGUAUAGUCACCAGGGAGAUGGACUUCAUCAAAGCACGGGAUGAUGAUGAGACUGCCAACCUCAUCUGGAAUGACUCGGCGGUGCAGCAUGAGAAAAUUGUUGAGCUCAGGAACUAUCAGGUAGACACAACUGGCCAGUUUUUAAAAGUUGAAAAUAAUGUUUGAAAAGAUCAUUUGUUU